CCGCCCCGUCCGUGAAUGACUAGUGCAGCAUGUUGUCCGGCUAGCGAGCCCGGCUGCCGGAGGUCUGUGGCGCUGCCGACGCCUUCUUCCGCAGCGCCUCCGCCACCGAGCACGUUCUUGUGUGAUUGGUGAAAAUAAGCCUACACUGCAGGGAUACAAGAGGAGCAACAGCCUGAGGCUGCUGCAGAUCCAAUGUCUUCCUCUGAUGCACCAGAAGAUGGCCCAAAGGAAACAGCAAGUGUAUCGCAGAAUAUCACUGAUGCAGAUGCAUUUAAAAUUCUCCUCGAGAUGAAGAUUAAGAAGAGACAGAAAAAGCCUACUUUACCAAGCACUGUGACUGAGCUUGACGCUGAGGAUGGUUCUAAAGUAUAUGUGGUUGGAACAGCCCACUUUAGUGACAGCAGCAAAAAGGAUGUAGUGAAGACAAUACAAGACGUGCAGCCUGAUGUAGUUGUGGUGGAACUGUGCCAGUACAGAGUUUCGAUGUUAAAGAUGGAUGAGAAGACAUUACUAAAAGAAGCCAAAGAAAUAAAUCUGGAAAAACUUCAACAAGCUAUAAAGCAGAAUGGAGUCAUGUCUGGAUUGAUGCAAAUGCUGCUUCUGAAGGUCUCUGCUCACAUCACAGAACAGCUGGGAAUGGCCCCAGGAGGAGAAUUCAGGGAGGCUUUCAAAGAGGCCAGUAAAGUCCCUUUCUGUAAAUUCCAUCUUGGAGACCGGCCCAUCCCUGUUACAUUUAAGAGAGCAAUUGCUGCACUUUCUUUCUGGCAAAAAGUCAAGCUUGCCUGGGGCCUUUGCUUCUUGUCUGACCCAAUCAGUAAAGAUGAUGUGGAGAAAUGCAAACAGAAGGAUUUACUGGAGCAGAUGAUGGCAGAAAUGAUUGGAGAAUUCCCUGAUCUUCAUCGAACGAUUGUCUCAGAACGAGAUAUUUACUUGACCUACAUGCUGAAGCAAGCAGCAAAGCAGAUAGAACUACCUCGAGCUUCAGAAAGUGAACCUAGAAAAUACAUCCCAGCUGUUGUAGUUGGUGUUGUUGGGAUGGGUCAUGUACCUGGAAUUGAAAAGAACUGGAACUCUGACUUAAACAUCCAGGAAAUAAUGAGUGUGCCUCCUCCAUCAGCUUCAAAUAAGAUUUUCAAAUUUGUCAUAAAAGCAACAGUUUUUGGACUGAUGGGAUAUGGCUGCUAUCGAAUAGGUCAAAGGACAGUGCAGUUUAUUCUCUCGAUGCCAGCAGCACAGAACUGUCUUCAGAAGCUGACAGAAAUAAGGUCUCAUCAUUGAACAUCAAGUGGAGGAACUGUAAGAAGAAAGUGGCUGAAAAAGGGUGACAGGCAACAGAUGUGAACUGGACUGAAAGAAGAGUGAGAUGAGGAUCCUAGUCAUGGAUGACUCAGAUUGGGCAACGCUGAAUCACUGUAUAAUAAAAUAUUUGAUACUAAAAUUACACCAGCUAUGAUCUAAUGAGUAGGUUUGAUUCCUGGUGUGUUGCAUGAAACCACAUGAUUCCAGAUUGAAGAAAUAUGUACGCAAAUAUAUAUAUUAUAUAUAUGCCUAUUGUAUAUAUAAUAUAUAUUACUGAUGAUGUAGUACAGCUUAAGGAGUGUUCAUGGCUUCUUUUCCAGAGGAACAGAAUGACACAAAGUAACCUAAUCAGCUGCAUCUGCUCCUAAGUUCAGGGACACUUGUCUUGAGUGAUUCUUUGCUUUUUUUCCCUUGGGUAUAAUAAUACCUAGUGAUCGUUUCUGGUGCCAGACACUUUUACACAUAACUUAGAAGGACGUCUUCUCAAUGUGUGUUUUAUACUUCAAACAUUUAGGCUUUUUUAAACUUGAGAGCUUUCAAACAAUUUCAGAACUGUACAGGCUGUCAUACGUACACUGCUCCAAUUUUUUACAAGCCUUACUGAAGAACAGGAACGUUGCCUUUAGAUUGCACCCCUCAUUACCACCACCACUUGGGUUGUUUUUCUCCUGCAUAGAGAAGGUAUAGCCACACCAUCAUAAUGCAAUGUGGUUUGUGUCAGAUGUUUACAGGACACUCUGUUCCUUUAGAUUAGCUUAUUUAAACUGUAUUAUUUAGCCGAAUCCUGCUGGAUUCAGUAUUGUAAAUUGAAGAGACUAGACAUACCAAAAUAUUGUUUUGUUGGUUGCUUUUCUUUUUGAGACUUUCUAGCUGGUAAAAUUCAAUAUAUUGAUGUUUUGCUUUAAGUUAUCUACAGCAUUUUAAGGUAUCUGCAGGUAUUUUAAAAGCUCUGUAGAUCUUGGAUUUCUGUGCUCAGGUAAUUUUACACAAACAAAAACAAAUUAAGGUAAAUUUUAGGUAUGAGCCUUAAACUUGGGUGGGACUAAUGCUGAAUGAUUGUCGCAGAGCAUUCUUGCAGACUUAAUGUUUUAUGCUUUUUAGCCAGAAGUAAUCACCCUGUAAGUCGUCUGUUCAUUACUCAGUCAUUUUCUUCAGUUAAUACCUUAAGUCGAUUGUUUUACUCUUUUUUUACAAAGCAUAUCAGCAGAUUCUUCAAGGAACCUGUUAGUGGAUGGAGAAUUUGCAGUUUACCUUCCUGCAUUUGCAAACUGGCAGAUCAUGUGCAUGCAGGAUUUACUCAAUGGCACUGGAAAGCCUGAUGAAUUUGCAGAGCUAACAAUCCUAUGAAUCCAUACACAAAUGCUCAGUGUUGUAUAUUCAAUGUUCUGUACUCUUUAUGUAACAUGAUCAGUGGUUCAGGUCCAUUCUUUUCUGUUCUAGUCAGUCCUUUCAGUCUUAACAGCAUUCUGUAAAAUUUAAAUACAUGUUGAAUUGUCCCAGCCCCUCCUCAACCCUAUAAAGCCAUAUUGUAUUCGUUUGGUGACAUGUACAUUUGUUUUAUGCAUUUGUACAUGUGAUGUAAAUCUGAAGUAUUUUUAACAAUGUGUGCCUUUACUCCAAAGUGAUUUAAAGUAAACAGCAGUAUGUUCUAUGAUAUAAAGAAUAAAAUAUUUUAACCACCCUUUCUGUUGAAGGCAUUUAUUUUCCUUAUCAGUAUUUGCAUUGAGAACAAACACUGGUUAGCUAGGUCUAGGACACGGUAAUUUCACCAUCUGACGCAUUUGUCUGAACAAGAAUGUCAGGUGGAGUAAAUACAUUCUACCGAGGGGCAUCUGAGCGUAAUCCUGAAGUAGAGAAACUGGUUUCUAUGUUCCUGGUUACUGGUAUGUUACCAUAUGUUACUGGUUAAAAGAGGAAAGGAUGAGUUUCCCUGCCCUACUGAACAUGCAGGGAGACUGACUUCUCAGUGUGAGUACGUAAAUUCAGAGUCCAGAGUCAGGCAUGGUGAGUUGACUGUUGUUGUUGCUGCUUUUCUUUUAACAUCACUCCAGUGCUCAGUCAUGCAAGGAGCUGACGGCCUUAGUCCCAGCCCAGCAAAGCGCUCACACAGGCCGAACGUCAGGCGCAAUCACCUGUGCUAAAAGUGCUGCCUUCUGCAUGGGAAUUACAGACUCAUUAAGUGGAAAAGGUGUUGAACUAAUGGCAAAAAGCAUUUAAUCUUUCAAACUGAGCCAGGUAAAUUAAUAUGACCAUUACCUAAAAAAAACCCAACUAUUAAUGAAGUAUUCAUACUGGCUAGAUAAGCUGCAUUCCAUACAGAUAAUGUACUAGCUGAGUACUCCACUCUUUGUAUGCUUUGUCAACCAGUGGUCCAUAUUUUUUGAUUGUGUGUGCAGCAAAGUGCAGUCCUGUUUCCCUUGAUCAGACAAAGUUCCUUCAGCACUUGGAGCUGCAUCUGCAAAGUAAACUGUUGCUCUAGUCGCAUACUGCCCAUGGGACCAGCAGAUAACCUGCACAGCACAUGAGCUGUCAAGCACUGCUCAGUCAGGCAGCCUUGGCUUACAUAUCCAGAGGACAGCUGCCUGCUCUGAGUGAAUUGUCCACCAGCAUGCUGCUGGCCAGGGUUGUGUUCAUGUCUCUUUCCUGUACUGAAUACUGAACCAAAUUUAAAAGUCUAUGUCUGAAGGUGACUAACACUGCCUAGAUUUCCACUGGAAGCUGUUUUUCUGUGUGUAUUGUCAAACAUAUAAAAGGUGCUGAGAAAUAUAUCAAGUUAUCUCAAAGUGCUGGGCAAUAGUGGGAACUACACGUGGAAAAGAAACAACACAUUGUCACUUAUGUAACUAUGAUACUCCUGUAUGUAUUUUCCUGUUUCUUUCUAAAACUGAAAUAAACUUUAAUUUUAGACUUUA